UACGGAAGGUAAGGUAUUGACCAAGAGCAACAGGACAGUACUAUAUAUCAUUAUAUGCAUACUGUUAUCUUGGCAAACUAUAGUGCUUGCUUGCAAUGGGGUCGAUGAUUGUGCCGAUGGAGCCGAUCCACCAUGUCGAUGGCAACGGCGAUCCACCACCACCGUCCUCUGAACCUGACUCAACUCGUCCUCGGCGGCGGCGGCCUAAAUUUCCAAACAUGGCAGCGGUGCCACUCGUCAAGAAGGUGACGGCGGAGUUUCUGGGGACGUUCAUCCUCAUGUUCAUCCAGGUGUCCUCCAUAAUCAUGGACGAGCAGCACCACGGCGUGGUGGGCCUCAUGGGCAUCGCCGUGUCCGUCGGCUUAGCGGUCAUGGUGCUCGUCUUCUCCAUCAUCCACAUCUCCGGGUGCCACCUGAACCCGGCCGUGAGCAUCGCAAUGGGUGUCUUCGGCCACCUCCCGCCGGCCCACCUUGUCCCUUACAUUGUCGCGCAGGUGCUUGGCUCCACCGCCGCCUCCUUCGCCGGCAAAGCGAUUUACCACCCCGUGAACCCCGGGAUCACCACCAUCCCGAGCGUUGGCACGGUGGAGGCGUUCGCCGUGGAGUUCAUCAUCACGUUCAUCCUUCUCUUCGUCAUAAUAGCUGUUGCCACGGACCCUCAUGCAGUGAAAAAAUUGAUAGCAGUAGCGGUCGGUGCGACAGUGGUGAUGAAUAUUCUCAUCGCGGGGCCGUCAACAGGAGCAUCUAUGAAUCCAGCGCGUACAAUUGGACCAGCCAUUGCCACAGGGAGAUACACCAAGAUUUGGGUUUAUCUGGUGGCUGAACCACUGGGAGCUAUUGCUGGAGUUGGAUCCUACAUGGCAAUUAAGUUGUAGUCAGAAACAUCGACAACCUAGAAAAAAAAACACAGUUGUAGAGUGUAAAAAGGAAAAAAGAAAAGGGAUUAGGUGCGUAUUGCUGAAGUUUUGAUUGAUAUCAACAAUUUAUACUUAAGUGUUGUACAUAUAAAUCAUAUUUUGAUGAAAACAGGUCCGUGGGAACGGCCGGUUCUACUUUCAAUAGAAUUUUACCAACAGUGACUGUCCGGUGGCUAGCUAUCACUAUCAGCCAUGUAGAUGCAGGCUUAAAUCUGACAAUUGGAUACGAAAUAGCAUAUC